AAGAAAGUGAUCGAAUCCAGCUGCUCUUCUUUUCCAUUGUCCGCUCAUCACACUCACUUAGCGCUCUUUAUUCUGAUCCCGCAUUCUUUGCGAGAGCUUGAUCUUGAAUUGCGAGAGGAGGAGCUGUCACUCGGCCAGUCAGUUACUGAGGUUCCGUUGACAUUCACACAUGGAAGUGACGCUCGGCAGAAAUGCAUCUGAAAUGGAAUCUGGCCUUGGCCUUGCUAGCGGUUCUUUGUCUGGACCUGGGAUUCGGAUCGGAGCUCCACUUUGAUGGUGUUUCGGGGCCAGACAUGGGUAUCCAGUUGGCUGGCCACAUGGCGCCCAAUACUCCCCUUAAGAUUCAGGAGGAAGCUGCUCUGGCGGUUAUCAGUAGAGUGGUCGGCAAACGCUCCUCUCAAUUGUUUCAGGUGCAAGUCAAUAAGCGAAUGGAAUUACGGAGCUUUAAGAUUAGCAUGUUGGACGAUGGUCGAAUUUUGCUGGAGGGUUGGGAUGGCGUGUCCGUGUGCAAGGCCUUCCAUCACUACCUGAAGUACGUGCUCAGCAAGGACGUGGACUGGUUCAAGAUGCGCAUCGAGUUGCCCGACAACAUUCAGCUGCAAAAUGUGUCUAUCGAAUCCAAAUCGGCCAGUCCGAUCAUCUAUCACCAGAACGUGUGCACCUGGAGCUACAGCUUCGCCUGGUGGAGCUUCGAGCAGUGGCGCCGGCAUCUGGAUUGGAUGGUCCUGAUGGGCAUCAGUUUGACCAUCGCCCCGAUUCAGGAAGCCAUCUGGGUGGAGGUCUACACGGAGAUGGGUCUCAGUCGGCAGGAGAUCGAUGAACAUUUGGCAGGUCCGGCUUUUCAAGCCUGGCAGCGAAUGGGUAACAUUCGUGGCUGGGCGGGACCUAUGACGCCGCAGUGGCGACGACAGCAACUGCUCCUGCAGCAGGAGAUCCUGGCUGCCCAGCGAAACUUGGGCAUGAGUGUGGCCCUGCCCGCCUUUGCUGGUCAUGUGCCCCGAGCUCUGAAGCGCCUGCAUCCGAACUCCACUUUCAUGGAGGUUCAGCGGUGGAAUCAGUUCCCCGAUCGCUAUUGCUGCGGAUUGUUUGUGGAACCCACGGAGCCACUUUUCAGCCAGAUAGCCGAGAACUUCCUCAGUCGAGUGGUGUCCACGUACGGAUCCAACCACAUCUUCUUCUGCGAUCCCUUCAAUGAACUGGAGCCACCGGUGGCGACACCCGAUUACAUGAGAUCCACGGCGGCAGCGAUUUAUGAAUCCAUGAGAGCUAUUGAUCCCCAGGCCAUUUGGCUGCUGCAAGGUUGGAUGUUCGUGAAGAAUCCCUUCUGGACCGAGGACAUGGCAAAGGCUUUCCUUACGGCGGUUUCCCGAGGAAGGAUACUGGUGCUCGAUCUCCAGAGCGAACAGUUUCCGCAGUACGAGCUGACCCACUCCUAUUUUGGACAGCCUUUUGUGUGGUGCAUGCUGCACAAUUUCGGUGGAACUCUCGGCAUGUUUGGAUCCGCCAAGCUGAUCAAUUCUGGAAUCGAAGCGGCUCGUCGAAUGCCCAACAGCAGUUUGGUGGGCACUGGAGUAACUCCCGAAGGCAUUGGCCAGAACUAUGUGAUGUACUCCUUGACUUUGGAGCGCGGUUGGAGUGAUUCACCCUUGGAUUUGGAAGAUUGGUUCAGGCAUUUCGCCUAUACGCGUUAUGGCGUCAAGGAUGACCGAUUGGAGAAAGCUUGGUUACUGCUGAAGAACAGUGUAUACUCCUUUCAUGGGCUACAAAAAAUGCGGGGUCAAUAUGUGGUGACGCGAAGGCCAUCAUUCAACCAGGAUCCCUUCACUUGGUACAAUGCCAGCGACACUCUAGAUGCCUGGCAUCUUUUGCUCUCCUCCAGAGCCAUUAUCCCACUGGAGGAUGAUAGAUACGACAUUUAUGAGCACGAUUUGGUGGACAUAACCAGACAGUUUCUGCAAAUCACUGCCGAUCAACUGUACAUCAAUUUAAGGUCGGCCUACAGGAAGCGGCAGGUUCCCCGAUUUGAAUUCCUCAGCUCCAAGUUGUUAAAGCUAUUUGAGGAUAUGGAGAUGAUCCUGGGCAGCAGCAGGAACUUCCUGCUUGGCAAUUGGCUAGAGCAGGCAAAGCGAGCGGCACCAAAUGCUGAGGACCAAAGGAACUUUGAAUUUAAUGCCAGGAAUCAAAUUACCGCUUGGGGCCCUGACGGUCAAAUCUUGGAUUAUGCCUGUAAACAAUGGUCAGGAUUGGUGAGGGAUUACUACACUCCUCGGUGGAACCUGUUUUUGGAAGAUGUCAAUGUGGCUCUACACUCGCAGCGACCCUUCAAUGGCACCGCUUUCAAACAAAAAGUGUCGCAGAGAAUUGAAUUACCUUUUAGCAACAGGACCGACAUUUAUCCUGUGGAGCCAAUUGGCAAUACUUGGUUGAUUUCACAAAACAUUUACGAGACCUGGAAGGCCUUCUUGGAGGACUCGCAAUUUCUACACAGCAAUCGUUUGCCAGUGCCACGAAAAAUGGGUCAAAAAUAAUUAUUUUAUUUAUUCCAAUCACCUAUAUGACUGCCAACUGCAAUAAAUCAUUUAAAAUUGAUGUAAGCUUGAGUUUGAAUAAUACGAAUAAAAGAUUAUUUUUUAAAAAACAAA